CUUUAUAUAAAUACAUUUAGUAGUAUAAAAAAAUAAUUAUUAUAAGUUAUAAAAACGGAGAUUUAAUUAAUCUCAAUAUCAUUUUUUUACAGUAUAUCAUAUACAGUAGUUUUUUUUAAAAAUUUUGUUUAUAUUAAAUAUUAUUAAUAACAACAACAAUAAAAUAGAAAAAAAUGUACAAGUUUCUAAUUAUUGUUUUAGUAUGUUUAUUUUAUUUUAUUACAAAUGUUCAAUGCAAAGAUGAACUAAACUUAUCGCCAAAAUGUAAACUAGUAUAUGACCAUGCUAAAAAAUCGUGUUUCGAUUGGUCAAAAUUAGCAUGGAACAUUAACAAUGUACAUAACGAUGUUCGACAUUAUUGUUGCGCUCAUUGGGACUGGGUCGAUUGUAUUAUUAAUAUAGCCGGGAAUUCAACGUUAAAUUGUACUGAAACUGAAAAUACGGGCAUAAAAAUGGAUCUAUUUUUUAAUGAUAUUAUACCUAAUUGUUAUUACUAUCCGUUUAAAUCGUGUGAUUGUCGUCAAACACCCGAUUGUGAUAAAAGUCAUGGAGGAGGUGGUAGUCAAACAAGUUAUUUGAAUUACGUUUUGUACAUGCUAGUUGGCUAUGUACUCAUUGAUUAUGGCUCAAAAUAUGUGUAAUUUAUAUAUAUAUAUAAAUACC